GGGUUUGUGAGAGAAGAAAUGGAUGAUGUGAUUAGUUUGGGGGGAGGUUCUGUUGCAGGAGCUGUGGUAUCUGAGCUCUUGAAACUCGUGAUUGAAGAGGCUAAUAGGGUGUUGGCGUUCAGAUCUGUGUUGAUGGAGCUCGCAUCGAAGAUGAAUAAAGUGCGUUUGGCAUUCAUAGAGAUCGAAACGUUGCAAGGUGCUGAAGAGCUAAAGGAUCUGGAGAAUAUAAUCAAUGAAGCUCGCGUACUUGUUCGGAAGUGUUCACAAGUCAAGCGGUGGAACCUAUCUGCAAAAGCUAAAUAUACAAGAAAAAUAGAGGAAAUCAACAAGAAGCUGCUCGAGUUCUGUCAGGUUCAACUUCAGCUUAUUAUGCUUCGGAACCAACGGCUGAUGAUGCUUAAAAUGGGAAUUUGUGAACAGUCGUCGUCGGAUUACGACGAAGAGCUGUCUCCCAGGCCGUAUGACAAUCUGCCCAAGGAUAAGUUGAUGGCCAUUCGGAGUCAUCUCGAAAGCAUCGAAAAGGAACUCGACGUUUCGAGUGUUUUUUCGCUUGUUUUUAGGGAUCUAUGUUCCGUCCCCAAGAUUGAUAAGCUUUUCUUUGGAUUGGAUUCUCCGCUCAUGGAGGUAAAAAAGAAGAUCCUUGAUGAUGAUGCAGUGGCUAGUCUCGUGGUCUCUGCUCCUCCUGGGUGCGGGAAAACCACGUUGGUUACUCAGCUUUGUCAUGAUGACCAUAUCAAAGAUGAGUUCGAGUAUAUCUUCUUUUGCAAUCUUUCAAAGGUUCCUACCUUCAAGACCAUAGUACAGACUUUACUACACCACAACGGUUACGAAGCACCAACAUUUGAGAACGAUUCUCAAGCAGUUGAUGGCUUAAGAAACCUGCUUGAGGAACUUGAAGAAGAUGGUCCUAUAUUGUUGGUGCUGGAUGAUGUUCCCCAAGAUGCAGAGUCUUUGCUUCAGAAAUUUCAGAUUAACAUACCCAAUUUCAAGAUCUUGGUGACUUCUCGGUUUGAGUUUCCGAGUUUUGGUCCCACUUAUCAUUUGAAACCUUUGGGAUAUGAAGAUUCCAAGUCCCUUCUCAUUGAGCGGGCAUCUCUGUUUUUUUUCAGGAGUGCAUUUGAGGAUAAACAAGAUCUUUUACAUAAAAUUUUGAAACGUUGCUAUGGAUUUCCACUCUUGAUUGAAGCAAUCGGCGUUCAACUUGUACGAAAAGCUUUUGAUUGGGAGUCAGACGAAGAGGAAACAAUUCUUCAUAGUCCUCAACCUACUGUGCUAGAAUGUCUGCAGCCUAGCUUUAAUGUCUUGAAACCCCAUCUUAAAGACUGUUUCUUGGACAUGAGCUCAUUUCUUACACAAGGAAAGAUACGUGCUUCCACUAUAAUUGACAUAUGGAUGGAAUUAUACAGUGAAGAUAGUGAACGUAGUAACGUUAAUUACGUGUGGCACCUCAAUGACCUGGCUUCCCAUAAUCUUGUUAAACUUGAUACACUCGGAUCGUUAGUAGCUGUCACUGAGCGUAAACUUAUUCCUCUGGGGUAUGGUUACGAAGACGAUUUCAUCAAUAAUUUCUUAGUCACUCAACAUAGUAUUCUGAGGGAGUUGGCUAUCAGCCAAAGCAAAUCAGAGGAUCACCAUGAAAGAAAAAGGCUCAACCUGGAGAUAAGAGAGGAUACAUUUCCAGAUUGGUGUUUGGAUCUAAUGCAGCCUAUAAAUGCUCGUCUUUUGUCUAUCUCUACGGAUGAUUUUUUCUCAUCGACUUGGGUUGAAAUGGAUUUCCCCAAUGUUGAGGCGUUAGUUCUUAAUGUCUCCUCACCAACCUACGCGUUACCAAACUUCAUUGCUACAAUGAAAAAACUGAAGGUUGUGAUUAUAAUAAAUCACGGUCUUGGUCCAGCAAAACUGACCAACUUGUCGUGUCUCAGCUCAUUACCCAACUUAAAACGGAUCAUAUUUGAAAAAAUUUCAAUCACUUUGCUGGACGUUCUCCUUUCACGACUCGGCAGUCUCGAGAAGCUAUCUAUGUUCAUGUGCAGUUUCCGUGACCGUGAGGUUUCCUACAAUACAAAAGAGAUAGCCAUCCCUGAAGCUCUACCAAAGUUACAGGAGCUUAUCAUAGAUUCUUGCUAUGAUCUAGAUGAGUUGCCGGAUUGGGUCUCUGAAGUUGUUUCAUUGAAGAAACUUAGCAUCACAAACUGUGGGAAGCUCUCUCUACUUCCAAAGGGUAUAGGUAACUUGAGUAAUCUUCAAGUGUUGAGGUUGUGUUCCUGUAUUAGUCUCUAUGAACUGCCUGAAUCGACUGAUAGGCUCAGCGAUUUACGGUUUCUGGAUAUUUCUGAUUGCUUAGCAUUGAAAAAGUUGCCUUCAGAGAUUGAGAAGUUGCAGAAGUUGGAAAAAAUCUUGAUGAGGAAGUGUCUGGGAUGCGAAAUACCAGAUUCACUGAGGCCCGGAAGCAUCCCGACAAGGGACCAGUUCGUUGUAAAGAAGCUCUUAAUUGGUUUCUUGAUGAAGAAGUAA